UAGAAAGUAAUUAAAGGAAAAUUGUGACUGAGGCGACGACGUCGCAUUUGCAGGAAAGAAGGAGCUGAACUCUCUCAGCUCAACCCUCGAGACUUCUUUUUUUGCAGGCAUAAACAUUCUCUCCGAUUUGCCGCAGAGAGAGAAAGAUAUGACGGAAGUGGCGAGCUCAGUCGUGAACGAAGUCUUGGGCAAAAGAGCUCAUGACGUUGACACGCCGAUUGUUGAUUAUGUCAUCAACGUCCUCGCCGACGAGGACUUCGACUUCGGCGCCGACGGCGAAGGCGUUUUUGAAGCCCUCGGGGAACUCCUGGUCGACUCCGGUUGGGUUCCGGACCUCUCCGACUGCCGCGCGGUCUGUAGCAAGCUAUCUGAGAAAUUUGGGAAGCAUGGUGUUGUGAAGGAAAAACCCACUGUGAGAAGUUUAAAUGCACCAUUGAGGAUGUUUGAUGGAAUGGACGAAGAGGAAGUUCCGAGAAAUAAGAAGCCGGAGCCUGUGGAUGGUCCUUUACUGACUGAACGUGAUAAGAUGAAACUAGAGAGGAGGAAGAGGAAAGAUGAACGUCAAAGAGAGGCUCAAUACCAAAUGCAUUUAAAAGAAAUGGAAGCCGUGAAAGAAGGAAUGCCGGUUGUAUGUGUAAAUCAUGACCAAGGCGAGGGCUCAGCUGUAAAAGAUAUCCAUAUGGAGAACUUCACUGUAUCUGUAGGUGGCCGUGAUCUUAUUGUUGACGGUAGUGUAACUCUUUCUCACGGAAGGCACUAUGGCCUUGUUGGAAGGAAUGGUACUGGAAAAACUACUUUCCUGAGGGCCAUGGCUAUGCAUGCCAUUGACGGCAUUCCCAACAACUGUCAGAUAUUGCAUGUGGAACAAGAAGUUGUUGGUGAUGAUACAUCAGCAUUGCAAUGUGUCCUCAACUCUGAUAUCGAAAGAACUCAGCUUUUGGAGGAAGAAGCUCGUCUUCUUGAAUUACAGAGGCAAAUGGACCUAGAAGAAGCUGGCAAGGGUAAAGGAAAAUUGGAGGUGGAGAAUGAAAAAAGUACCAUUGCACAAAGGCUUGAACAGAUAUACAAACGACUUGAAUUUAUUGAUGCCGAUUCUGCUGAGUCCCGUGCAGCAUCCAUCCUUGCGGGUCUCAGCUUUUCUCCAGAAAUGCAGAAGAAGGCUACCAAGGCUUUUUCUGGAGGAUGGAGGAUGAGAAUAGCUCUUGCUCGUGCAUUGUUUAUUGAACCUGAUUUAUUGCUACUUGAUGAACCCACUAAUCAUCUUGACCUGCACGCUGUUCUUUGGCUGGAGUCUUACUUGGUUAAAUGGCCCAAGACAUUUAUUGUUGUUUCUCACGCCAGAGAGUUCUUAAACACCGUUGUGACUGAUAUAAUUCAUUUGCAAGGGCAAAAACUGAUGACAUAUAAAGGGGAUUAUGACACAUUUGAAAGAACACGGGAGGAAUUACAGAAAAAUCAACAGAAAGCAUUCGAGUCACAUGAGCGCACGAGGGCCCAUAUGCAGUCAUUCAUUGACAAGUUCCGCUACAAUGCCAAGCGUGCAUCUCUUGUCCAAUCAAGGAUCAAGGCACUGGAGCGACUGGGUCGUGUGGAUGAAGUCAUCAAUGACCCUGACUACAAAUUUGAGUUUCCUUCACCUGAUGAUAGACCAGGCCCACCAAUUAUCAGCUUCAGUGAUGCAUCAUUUGGAUACCCUGGAGGCCCUUUACUAUUUAAGAAUUUGAAUUUUGGGAUAGAUUUGGAUAGUCGCAUUGCAAUGGUUGGUCCAAAUGGCAUUGGAAAAUCUACCAUCCUAAAAUUAAUUUCUGGGGAGAUUCAACCCACCUCAGGGACAGUGUUCCGAUCAGCCAAGGUCCGGAUUGCUGUAUUCAGCCAGCACCAUGUUGAUGGGCUAGACCUUUCUUCCAAUCCCCUUCUUUACAUGAUGCGCUGCUUCCCGGGAGUGCCAGAACAGAAGUUAAGAGGUCAUUUGGGUUCUUUUGGUAUAACUGGAAAUCUUGCUCUUCAGCCCAUGUACACUUUGUCUGGUGGUCAGAAAAGCAGGGUUGCAUUUUCUAAGAUCACUUUCAAAAAGCCUCAUAUCUUGCUGCUUGAUGAGCCGUCCAACCAUCUUGAUCUAGAUGCUGUGGAAGCUUUAAUUCAAGGUCUCGUGCUCUUCCAAGGAGGCGUGUUAAUGGUGAGUCAUGACGAGCAUCUCAUAUCUGGAAGUGUGGACCAACUCUGGGUUGUAUCUGAAGGCCGAGUUUCACCUUUCGACGGGACAUUCCAAGAUUACAAGAAAAUACUACAAUCUUAGCUGAGCAACCUUCUUCUUGAUACAGCUUCCUGCUAGUAGCUGUAAAAUUGCAUCCAAGAUGCAUCAAUCUUUUCUUUGGGAAAUCAUUGAUGUGAGAGCCCAUAGCUUGAGGAUAAACUAUUGAAGCAUAUCCAGAAGAGCUUUAUAGGACAUUAUAUGAGUAGCCAUACAGACAAAAGGAAAAGCAAUUUUGUAAUUCAUUUGGAAAUGAUUCUCGUCCUUCAAUUUGUGUAAUUUUGUUUGGUAAUAUGAGAGUAUCAUGUUUUAUGAGAUUUCGGUCAGUCCCUUUGUUUCAAAAUGAUUAUAAAAAUUAUUGUAUUAUUAUAUUAUUGAAAUUCGACAAACAUCACAAUCAUUAGUGGUAUUUCGAACUAUAUCUUAGCUAUAAAUUAAAAGACAAAACGUACUUUUGGUCCCUAA